UUGGGGCCGAUUGCUAUAAAUAGUCUUAAGUGCAGCCAUACAUGGGGUGGAAGGGGAUCAGCAUUCCUCAGACGAGAGGAGAAUAUUUUUGUUACCAUCAGCAAGUGCUUCUGGAGCGGCAUCAGGCUGGUCUGCCUCCGCUUCGUACUGCUGUCAUCUCUCAGGGUCUCCUUGACGCGUCCCCAUCAUGGCCUCCAAAGUCACGCCGUGGUAUAAGAAGACGCACGUGGGCCAAGUUCAAACCGAUUUCGCCUAUCAUCACAGUAAACACGUUGUCACGCAGCAGACAGAAAGCAAAUCAAGCUCCAGAUCAGUGAGCCAGGUGCAGGCUCAGGCCACCGCGGAUAUGGCACAACCAGCCUACACUGUGCCAGUCUUCAGGCAGAGGACUGCUGAGGAAACUGAAGAAUACCAGAGAGUGAGCUCAAAUGUUGGAAGAGGACUUGCCGUUAUCCAGGAGGAGCUUCACAGGAUGAGGAUGGCGACCAAAGCUCAGGUGGACAGCCUCGCCAUCCAGAAAGAGGUUAAGGAUAUGAUGGCCAAGAGGGUGGAUCUGCUGGAGGGACUUCCCAAGAUGCCAGACUUUCUGGUGGCCCUGAGGCCUCACACGGUGUGGGAGAAGACCCCAGUCAAGCUGUUUUGCACUGUGGAGGGCAACCCGAGACCUAUCGUCCAGUGGUACAAAGGAGGCGUGCCCAUCGACCCACCCAACACUCCAGGAAAGUACAAGAUAGAGAACAAGUAUGGAGUCCACAGUUUGAUCAUUAGCAGGUGUGUUGUCAGUGAUACUGCCGAGUACAGCGCCGUGGCAACCAACCAGCAUGGCACCGUCACCAGCAAGGCUACAGUUACCGUCAAGAGAGCGUCCGGAGCUGCAGAGUCCUGCCAGCUUGGUCUGGUGCCCCAUCUGUCUGAGAUCCAUCCCAGUAAACUGGAGGUGUCCCUGCUGGAGCGGUUCCCGGUUAGUUUUGGAGUGGAGGGCAGCUCCAUCAGACUGGUGUGUACCAUGGUGGUUGUUCCAGACCUCCCCAACAUGCCGCCCUUCACCCAGUGGUACAGAGAUGAUAAACUUCUGAAACCCAGUAAGCUGGCAGAGAUGUCCGUGGGUGGAGGUGCAGCUUGUCUCACUCUGCCUCAUCUGGCCAAGGAUGACGAGGGCCUCUACACCCUUCGUAUCUUUACUAAAGAUGGCACCGCCGAGCACAGCGCCUACCUGUUUGUCUCAGAUUCUCCGCCCUCGGUAGCCGGAGCUCCCGGUGCUCCAAUCAGCAUCAAGGCUUUUGAUGUGAACUCAGAUUACAUCUUGGUUGCCUGGAAACCCCCCAACACCGUCAAUGAGGCGCCAGUCAGCGGAUACUUUGUGGAUCGAUGUGAAGCUGGUACCGACACCUGGGUCCAGUGCAACGACUCCCCGGUGAAGCUUUGUAAAUAUCCGGUGCACGGCCUCAGCCCGGGCCGCUCCUACCGCUUCAGAGUGAGAGCCGUGAACAAAGCAGGCAUCAGCAAACCGUCACGCCACUCAGACCAGGUGACAGCACUCGAUGCUGCCGAGAGCCAGAGACUGCAAGGCACCGAUGAAGGUGUUCCCUCUGCUCCUGGCCAGGUUGUUGCCACCAGAAACACCAAGUCCUCCGUGUUUGUGCAGUGGGAAUCUCCCAAACAUCAGAACAGUCUGAUGGGAUACUACAUCGACGGACGUGCUGUUGGAUCCAAGGACUGGUUUGCUUGUAACCACAAACCCUUCAAACACAACCGGUUUGUGGUCCACGGCCUGAUUCCAGGGGAGAGCUACGUGUUCCGUGUCCAAGCCGCCAACGUCUUUGGCCUCAGCGAAGAGUCUCAGGAGUCCUCCCCCGUCUCCGUGGAGCCCGCCCUCGCCACCCCCAGCGCGCCCCACGGCAUCACCAUGCUGAGCUCCGACGGCUCCACCAUCACCCUGGCCUGGAGGAGUCCCCGGCACUGUGGCGGCUCCAGAGUCAACGCCUACUACAUCGACAAGCGAGACGCGGACACUCUGGUGUGGAAGGAGGUCAACCUGUCUGCUGUCACAGAGAGAAUCUGCCAGGUGGACAACCUAACGGAGGGAACCUUUUAUGAGUUCAGGAUUCAGGCAGGGAACCUAGCUGGUGUUGGAGUCCCUUCAGCUCCCAGCAGCCCUAUGAAAUGUGAAGCCUGGACCUUUCCAGAGCCAGGCCCAGCCUACGACCUCAGCUUCAGGGAGGUCAGAGGUGACUCUCUGGUCCUUUUAUGGAAGGCUCCGGUGUAUUGUGGAUCCAGUGCCAUCUCUGGAUACUUUGUGGACAUGGCGAAGCAGGGCUCUUCUGAGUUUGUUACGCUCAAUAAGGAGGCAGUGAGCCAUCGAUACUUGCAGGUGGCUGAGCUGGAGGAAGGAACCAGUUACGUCUUCAGGGUUCGUGCUGUCAAUGCGAACGGAACCGGAAAACCUUCCCAGCUGUCAGAACCGGUGUGUGCCAGAGCUGUUCCAGGCACUAAGGAGAUUGUAGCUGGUGUGGACGAAGCCACCGGAGAUGUUUUCCUGUCUUUUGAAGCCUCUGAGAUCUGUGAGACGUCCGUGUUUGAGUGGUCAAAGAACUACAAAGCCAUCGGAGACUGCCCCAGGCUUGCGGUCUCCACAAAGGGCAGAACCUCCAGACUCACUUUGACCAACCCUGACAAGGAUGACUUGGGCCGAUACUCGGUGGUUGUCACGGACACAGACGGAGUUUCCUCCAGCCACACGCUGACCGAGGACGCUUUGAACACCAUGCUUGAGCUGAGCUACGCCAUCAGGAAUCCAGUCGUUCCCCUGAAACACGGACUCAACUAUGAGAUUCUGGAGAAAGGACACGUGCGCUUCUGGCUGCAGGCCGUCAAGCUGUCUCCCUCCGUCUCCUACAGAUUCAUCGUUAAUGACAAGGAAAUAAGCAGUGGGGAGGGUCAGAAGAUCAGCCAUGAUGUGGCUACAGGCAUCAUCCAGAUGACGGUGGACCAUUUCACCAGAGCCAACGAAGGCACGUACACCGUCCAGAUCCACGACGGCAAGGCCAAGACGCAGAGCUCACUGGUGCUGGUGGGGGACGUGUUUAAGGCGGCCCUGAAGGAGGCUGAGUUUCAGAGGAAAGAGCACAUCAGGAAGCAAGGCCCACAUUUCUCUGAGUAUCUGUAUUUCACCGUUACGGAGGAGUGCACAGUGAUGCUCGCCUGCAAGGUGGCCAAUGUGAAGAAGGAGUCAGCCUUCCACUGGUACAGAGAGGAUGAGGAGAUAGUUCCAGAUACUCCUCCUAACGUCCUGUCCGGAGCCUGCGCUCUUCCUCUGCAUCUGUUCUCUAGAAAAGAUCAAGGUGUGUACAAGGCUGUUCUCAGUGACGACAGAGGCAAGGACUCGUCUGUGUUCGACAUCUCAGGAACAGUGUUUGAUGACAUCAUCAACGCCAUCGCCCACAUUGCUGGUGAAUCUGCCUCUGACCUGGUGAUGCAGUGCACCCCCGAGGGCAUCAGGCUGCAGUGCUACAUGAACUACUACACGGAGGAGAUGAAGACUGUGUGGAAGCACAAGGGAAGUAAGAUAGCGUCCUCUGAGAAGAUGAGGAUCGGCGGCACUGCUGAGAUGGCCUGGAUGCAGAUCUGUGAUCCAUCUGAUAAGGAGAAGGGUCAGUACGCCAUCGAGAUCUCGGAUGGUGUAACCACCCACACCAGGACCUUUGACCUCUCUGGACAAGCGUACACCGAUGCCUACGAGGAGUACCUCAGACUCAAGGCUGCUGCUUUCGCUGAGAAAAACCGUGGCAGAGUGGUUGGUGGUCUGCCUGAUGUGGUCACCAUCAUGGAGGAGAAGUCCCUGAGCCUGACCUGCACCGUGUGGGGGGAACCAACCCCUGAGGUCUCGUGGUUCAAAAAUGAGCAGGAAGUGGCCUCCAACGAGCACACCAAAGUGACGUUCGACGGAGGCAAGUUUGCCAGCCUCGUCAUCAACAAAGUCACCCCCGAAGACUCCGGCAAGUACAGCAUCAACGUCCGGAACAAGUACGGCGGCGAGUUCGUGGAAAUCACCGUCAGCGUGUACAAGCAUGGAGAGCAGAUCCCUGAGCCCAAACUGGGACAGCCCAAGACGGCAGCUGCACCCGCGUCCACGCCCGCUCCCAAGUCCCCCGCCCCCCCCUCUAAAACCCCUACUCCCACCCCGUCCAAGCCCCAAACCCCAGCACCGUCCACGAAGGGCUCCACCCCAGCCUCCACCCCGACCCCUAAAUCCCCAACCCCGACUCCACCUCGCAGUGUCAAGUCUCCAACCCCUCCCAGAUUCAUGAAGUCCCCCACCCCGCCCAGAAAAUAAGAGGCGGUGGUGAAGCACGGAUCAAAGCAUGUGUGUGACGUCAGCUGUUUUUAGUCGUGUCUAAGGAACACACGAGUAGUGGAACGCCUCCACCCUAGCUUAUGUCAGAGUGCACUCUGGUGGUGUUUAGGGCCAGGGACACCGCCCACCGCUGACCUGAGACCGGGUUCAGACGUGGGGUUCCCUCAGACACGGAAGGGUUUUAACCAGAGCUAAAUAAAUACCACCUGGGUGCCUGUAGCUACACCUGAGGCUGUUGUUGUGAUGUUCUUACCGAGCUUGACCCAGGACCAGAUAGGUCCGCCCACUCUAGACCGCUGUGUGUCCCUUUAGUGCUCUGUGAUGUAAUAAACGGUCCUGAUCUGUGA